UUUGUGGCGUUUACGUCAAGCUGCGAAAAUCUUAGGCAUUACAUAAAGCACAGACGUUUGUCUUUUUUUCUUUUUCAAGCUUUCUUUCUCGCUGCAAACUUUCCUGGAAAAUUUUUCUCUCUCUCUCUGAAGAAUCCAUUUUCUUUGUUCAUUUCCCAGAUACGUUUCUUACCAAAAAAUUGUUCAGUAAUAUUUGCAAGCUGAAGUAGGUGCCUUUUGUUGUUCUCUGAAUUGGGACUUUGUUAUUUCUUUGGAUGAGCAAUAACAAAUCCUGAUUUGGAGAAGGUUAUAACAAGUAUUGCUUUUCAUUUCUGUUAUUUGAAUCUCUGGUUUUUCUGUUCUUUUUUUCUUCUUUUAAAUUUAUUGUGAGCUUAAGAGAGAAGAACCCAAUUGAGAUUUGAGGCGGAAAGAAUUUUUAACUUAGUUUUGUAGAAAUUUGCAGUAAAUUGAAGUUUAUAUGUGAAUUUGGUAUAUGGGUUUUGUUCUAUAAGAGAUUGGUUGUGAUGUGCUUAUGUAUGUGAUCUGUUAAAUGUGUAAAAUCUUGGAGUGGUUUGUUUGUGCUCUAGAGAAAAAUACUGUGUAACUAAUGCUUUGAAGUUAUUUUCCAUUUAAUUGUCUCCAUUUUGAAGUGUUUCUGCAAUAGUGGUUGUUGGGUUACAAUUGAUUGAGAUUUUGAGGUGUUAGUUGGAGUAGAAAUUUGUAGUUGGUUUGAUAUUUGGUUGUAGUUAUUGUGCUUAGGGUGGUUGUGUUAAUGAUGGGGAAGCAAAGUGGUAAGAAACAGACAGGAGGGCAGUCAGGUGACAGUAAUGUGAAGCAAAAUAAAGUUGGGAACAAUAGCCCUAAAGCUACUGAUGAGGACACGCUAGUUUUUAUUUCCAUGGCUCAAGAGUUGAAAGAGGAAGGGAACAAGUUGUUUCAAAAGAGGGAUUACGAAGGAGCUAUGAUGAAAUAUGAGAAAGCUAUCAAAUUGCUUCCUAAGAAUCAUAUAGAUGUAUCCUAUCUUAGGACUAACAUGGCUGCAUGCUAUAUUCAAAUGGGUCAAACCGAGUAUCCUAGGGCCAUUCAUGAGUGUAAUUUAGCACUGGAGGUCACACCAAAGUAUGGUAAAGCUCUGUUAAAGAGGGCAAGGUGUUACGAGGGUUUGAAUAGGUUGGAUUUGGCUUUGAGAGAUGUUAGUAUGGUUUUAAAAAUGGAGCCGAAUAAUGUCAUUGCAAUAGAGGUUUUAGAAAGGGUGAAAAAUGCACUUGAGCAGAAAGGGCUAAGGGUGAAUGACACGGUAAUUGAACUGCCUCCAGAAUAUGUUGAACCUCCUAGCACUUCAAAACCCAUAAAAGAGAAGAUGCGUAAGAAGAAAAGUAAAAAAGUUGAGAAGAAGACUGGGGAUGAAAUUGUGGAUAAGAAGGUUGACGACCAAAUUGAGGAGAAGCAGACUAAGGAUAAGGUGGUUGUGGAGGAGAAAAUUAGUAGUGGGAUGGAGGAACCUAAGAGGAGCGUAAAAUUGGUAUUUGGUGAAGACAUAAGAUGGGCUCAGUUAUCUCACAAUUGCAGCUUCCUGCAGCUGAAGGAAGUCAUUGCUGAUCGAUUUCCAAGCUCAGGAGCAGUUCUUAUCAAAUACAGGGAUCAAGAAGGUGAUCUGGUUACAAUAACCUCCGAUGAAGAACUAAGAUUGGCUGAAGCAUCAGCUGAAUCCCAGGCCUCUAUCAGGCUGUAUUUAGUCAAAGUCAAUCCUUAUCAGGAUCCGUUGUUUGAGAAACCUAAGGAGGAAGGGAAAGAGGAGGAGGGAGAGGUGAAAAAACUGGUUAUGAGACAAAAUGUUGCCACAGAGAACGGAAACAUGGAAGAACACAAGAAACCAGAUGAUGGAUCUUGUCAUAUUGAUGAAUGGAUAGUGGAGUUUGCUAAGCUUUUCAAGGAUCAUGUGGGGUUCGAAUCUGAUGCCUAUCUGGGUCUCCAUGAACUUGGUAUUAAGGUGUAUUCUGAGGCUAUGGAAGAGGCAGUUACAAGUGAAGAAGCACAAAACCUUUUCAACACAGCAGCAGGGAAGUUCCAAGAGAUGGCAGCUUUGGCAUUGUUCAACUGGGGAAAUGUUCACAUGUCUAGAGCAAAGAAGAGGGUUUACUUCAAGGAAGACUCUUCUAAAGAAACGGUGCUUGAGCAGAUUAAAACAGCAUAUGAUUGGGCGCAGAAGGAAUAUACGGAAGCAGGACAGAAAUAUGAAGCAGCACUCAGAAUCAAACCAGAUUUCUAUGAAGGUUUUCUAGCUCUAGGGCAGCAACAGUUCGAGCAGGCAAAACUAUCUUGGUAUUAUGCAAUUGGCAGCAAUAUUGAUCUAGAUUCAUGGUCUUCUAUAGAGGUUGUACAACUUUAUAAUAGUGCAGAGGAAAACAUGGACAAAGGCAUGCUGAUGUGGGAAGAAUUGGAAGCACAGCGCCAAACUGAGCUUUGUAAUUCGCUUAAGGUUACAUCUCUAUCAGAGAAGACAGAGUUGGACGGGUUAUUCAAAGAUCCUUCAGCAGAAGAAGCCACUGAGCAGACUAAGAACAUGAGGUCUCAGAUCAAUCUCCUGUGGGGCACCAUACUCUAUGAGCGCUCAAUGAUGGAAUUCAAAUUACGCCUACCAGUCUGGCAAGAAAGUCUGGAAGUUGCAGUCGAGAAGUUUGAGCUUGCUGGAGCUUCCCCAACUGAUAUAGCUAUUAUGAUAAAGAACCACGUCUCAAAUGACAAUGCAGUGAAAGGUCUAGGAUUUAAAAUUGAUGAAAUAAUACAGGCAUGGAAUGAGAUGUAUGAAGCCAAAAAGUGGCAAAGUGGGGUUCCCUCCUUCCGUCUAGAACCCUUGCUUCGGCGACGAGUUUCCAAACUUUAUAAUGCUCUGGAGCUUACAUGAAUCAUUCUUUGAACUUAUCAUGUCUUGAAACCUCAUCUGGAAUUGUUCAAGUCUUGCAUCCUAAGGUUUCUUCCAAUGUACCCUUGAUAUUCAGUUUCAGCAGUGCACACUUUGAAACACAGCAGUUGUCUGGGAAUUGCAUUUUGCGCAAUGUUGUUUAAAAGAAAAUUUAGGCCCUUCAAUUCUUUCUGCACAUGAUGGGGACAAGAGAAAUAGCAGGGAUUUCACCUUUUUUUUGUUAUUUCUGCCUUCACUUGCAUGCCUCCCCAUGUUUAGUUUAACAGUCAAAUAGGUCACAGGAUGUUUGUAUUCUUCAUUCAUUUUGUCAACUAGCUUCAAAUAAUUCAUAUUAGUCUGUAAUUUUAAGUUGGACUGCAACCUUUGUACUGCUGCUACUCAUUUUGAAUUAGUGUUUCAGGGAUUAAGAACAUUAUUAAACUUCAUGUACCAUAUAAAAUGGACUUCAGUUGCUA